AUGUUGACUCAGGGUACGUGCACACCAUGUUCGUACCAACCCAAAGACUCCGUCUGGCUCAGCGUGGGAGUCUGCAACUGGGUGUGCAAGGAAGGCUUCAAGGAAGAUGGACAGUUCUGCGUGCAGGGUAGCCAGGCAGAGAAGGGGGUCGUCUUGCUGACUCUCGGGCUGAACACCACGAGAGCUUCUUUCGAGGUUCAGAAAGAUCGCUACGUGAAUGCUCUGGCUCUUCUUCUUCGAGUGUCGCCAACGCUGGUCCAAGUUACAAGUGGAAGGCGGCAAGAACAGGCCUUGACUGUUUCGUUUCGUGUGGAAACAUUCCAAGACCUGACGAAAGGCCUGCAGCUGGACUUGAUCAAGGUCAACGAAGCCUUCAUCCAACAUGGAGUCCCAACAGCUGUCCAGCUGCAGUUCGAGUAUCAGAAACAAGCUCGUCAAGCGGGGUCUCAGGUGACUAGCAGUCCAGCAGCUGCUAUUGAAUCCAAUGCUGUGUUUCUGUGUGCUACGGUUGCAGCAGCGGUGGCGACGUUGUGUGCGGUCUACUAG